UAAACGGAUAGGCUGCUCGCCGAUAUACACAUCUGUAAAUAGCCUAGUAAUUCCUAGAAUCUUAUGAUUGAUUUAUCUCAUUACUAUAUAAUUAAAUGAUACAAACAACAUAAUUAAUUAGUUACAUUGAAUUCAACAAGGUGUACAGUCCAUUUUUGAACAGAAAGCCCGAUAUUAUCGAAGAUUCAGCAUCACAGAACACAGCAAUGGACACUUUGAAUAGAGCACAAACAGACCAGUUGAUUCAAAAAUUGACAGAAAUGAGGGAGAGUGUCCUUAAAAAAAAUGAUGCGUCUUCAACAGAAGAGAUCUUUCUGAAUGAAAGUAUAACGAACGUUGAGACAUACCUUAACAUACUUUCGGAUAGGGAUGUCAUUGAGUAUGACAAGGAAACUUUGGGAAUUAUUCAGAGAUUGAAGCAGAAUCUAAGAUUUCUAUCGGAAAACAGAAACGCUAAAUCAGACUUUGAUUUCAAGAUGAUGGUAAGCAGAUUGACAGAAACCCUGAAUACAAUACUACAAAAAAGAAAAAAGUCUGAAGACACAGAUCCAGACACAGACAGAGAAGCACUAGACAGUGAAAACAGUUCCGACAUCUUAAGGUCAACAGAUACAGCACAAACAUUAAUGCAGCAGAUGGGGAAAGAAAGAAGACCAGACAUUAUCGAGUCAACAGAUAUUGCCAAGCAGAAGAUAGAUGAAAUAUGUAGAGAGAUUCCGGGAGCUUUCUACGAUAUUGGUUGCGGAAUACAACUUUACUCAACAUCAGACGUCUCCAACAUAAUUCAAGCAAUUCGGUGGACAUCAGACGAUUUUCAACGUUCUUACAAACCAGAUGCAGCGUUACAGAACUACAAGUUUGAAACAGAUUUUUUUCAUAUCGAGCCAAAAGAUCCCAGGGAUAAUGGCAAUUUUCCGAAAAAUAGUUCUGGAAUGAUAACUGUAAGAGUAAAGCUUCCAAAUGAUAUUAAUUAUCAGUUUUUACAGUUAAAGGCCUACAUUAAAUUUGGACCCAAGUGGAAUUUUGUCGACGCUACGUUAAAGGAGAAAUCAGUGACGUUUCAAACUGUCAAACUAGAUGCACUCUGUAUUGUAUCAAAACCAUUAAAAGAACGUUUAAACAUCUUACCAAAAGGUUGCAAAUAUGUUGCGCUAACUGACAAACGAAUUGAAGUAAUCUUCCCUCCUGGUGCAGUUGAGAGUGAGGAAACCGUUACUUUACAUGUUAUUCCUGUAAAUAAAGAAAUUUUGCGAAGACAGUACGAAAAACGGAGUAAAAUUGGGGAAGCAAUUCUGGCAAUUUCUGAUUGUUUGUACACCUCUGGAGAUAAAACCCUGAAAAAGAAGGUUCAAGUCAAACUGCCACUAAACGAUAUUAGAAAUCCCAAUGAGUCAGAUGAAGAUUAUGUAUACAGACUUUUCAGGCAAAAUACGAAUGGACAAUUUACAUUAACAGACAACGUGGUCACUGUCGAUGAAAAUCAUACAGCAGUUUUUGAGACGGACAAGAUUUCUGGAACAAGCGUUUCUCUCAUAGGAAAGGAUGAACUGAAAAAAGGUCCGCUAGAAAUAUCUGGAAACAUUGAGGAAAUGCAUGGUCAUCAAUCCAUUUGUAAAAUCCUAUUUUUUGUAAGUGAUGUGACGUCACGUGGGCUUACAGUCUUGCUCGCCUGUAUUGAAAAAUCAAAGAUGAAAGCGUUUUGCCAAAGCUGCGAAGAAAAAGGCUUCCAACUUUUCAAGAACUGGAUAAGCAAAGAUUUAGUCUUCAAACCACAAAUCAAAAUUGCCAUCACUCUGAAAGGAUGUUUCAAGAUGCCACGUUUCUCUUCAAGGAAAAGAUUAGACAUGACCUUUUUGCCAAACUCAACGGAAAAUUUUACAAGAUUCGUAGUUGAAAUUAAACCAAAAAUGGAUCAAGAUGUAUACGGCAUUAUGUUACUGACCAAGGAUCAGGAGUUUGUGGAUGAAAUAAUUUAUAAUACACUAACCAACAAGGAAUACGAAAACGCUUCAUCUUUAAGAAAAAAUACUGCCCGACAAAGAACACAACGGUCUGAUCAAAGGACGUCCGCCAAAGGAAAAAGUUUCAUUGACAGACAACCGACUUUGGCAGUUCGUCAAUUCAGUGAAGAUGAUUUCUUGACAGAAAAAGGUGUGAUGGCCAUAGCAAAAUUGCUUAAUGCAGACAAACUGUUUGAAACUGUCAUUAAUCUGGAGAUGAAACAGGUUCAAUAUGACCAAAUUUGUGAAAAGUUUCCAUCCAGCAAUAGACAGGCUUUCACAUUGCUAAAAACAGCACUCGAUCAACUGAAGAGCAACAAAAUUGACAAGUUAACAUCCGCACUUGAAAGUGCCGAGGAACUAGGAUUAGCUGAAAGUAUUCGCCAAUUCUAUAAAGAGCAAGGAGAACUGUCAAAAGUACAGAAGUAAAGUAAAUAAUACGUUCGGAAGACCUUGAGGUCACUUUCUGUCAUAUAAAUCAUUCAAAAAAAUCCUUGUAUUUCAUAUGUCUAGGUUUGAGCGUUCAGAUUACGAAAAAUCCAGAUACACAUCAAAUUUAUACAGUGUAAAAGAGUGACGAAAGAUACCAGAGGGACAGUCAAACUCAUUGAUCGAAAACAAACUGACAACGCCAUGGCCACAAAUAAAAGACAAACAGACAAAUAAUAUUACAGAUGACACAACAUAGAAAUCUAAAGACUAAACAAAAGAACCCCAUCAAAAACUGAUUUCAGGUGCUCCGGAAAGUUAGGAAAUCCUGCUCCACAUGUGGCACCCGUCGUGUUGUUUAUGUUUUUACAAAUCCGGUAAAUAGUCUAAUUCGGUAGGUCAUAUUCGUGAAAAGGGAAGGGUAUUGUAUCAGCAAUCAAAGCCGACAUCAAAGUUAUUGUGAAACUUCCUAUUCUAGAGGUGGCGUGAAUCAGAUGUGGAUACUAAAAAAUUCUGAAGAUCUUUUAGAGUACAUACAAUCUAAGACUCUCUCAUCUUGCAAUAGUAUUAAAACAUUUGACUUUUACACUUUACACAAGUAUUCCCCUUCCAAACUAAAAAACAAAUCGAAAGAGUUGGUAUUACUUUGUUUCAUUAAAAUGAAUGGCCAACGUAAAUACAAGUAUCUUGUCUUAGGGAGGGAUAAAUCCUACUUUGUUAAAAAUCACUCUGAUUCAAACAAAAAAUAUCUGAAACUGACAUAUCAAUAUGUUUGAUUUCUUAAUUGACAGCAUAUUUGUGACGUUUUGAAAACGUGUUUUUCAACAAACAAUCGGCAUUCCCAUGGGAACCAACUGUGCCCCUCUUUUUGCCAAUUUUUUUCUUUGUUCAUAUGAGGUUGACUUCACACAGGAACUUCUUAGGAAUAAGGAAAAGAAGUUAUCAUUAUCUUUUAACUUUACUUUCCGCUAUAUAGAUGAUGUUCUCUCAUUAAAUAAUUCAAAAUUUGGUGACUAUGUUGAACUCAUCUAUCCCAUCGAACUUUACGACAAAAGAGAUUAUUUCAGCUUUCCAAUUGUGAACUUUCCAAUUCUAUGUAGCAACAUCGCCUGCAUACGGAGUAUAUAUCUCCCAGUUGAAACGAUAUUCCAGGACUUGUAUUUCCUAUCAUGAUUUCCUUGAUAGAGGGUUGCUGCACACAACGAAGCUAUUAAACCAAGAGUUCCAAGUGGUGAAGUUGAAAUCAUCCCUUCGUAAAUUUUACGGACGCUAUUUCUAGUUGGUUGACCGUUAUGGAAUAACCGUUUCACAGAUGAUAGCGGAUAUGUUUCAAUUGUCGUUAUUAUAAUCCAGUCCCCUUUUCUCCGAAUGUGACCUACAAAAUUAAAUUUAUUACCGGGUUUGUACUAACAUAAGCAACACGACGGGUGCAACAUGUAUAGCAGGAUCUGAUUACCAUUCCGGACCACCUGAGAUCACCCCAGUUUCGGCGGAGUUCGUGUUGUUCAGUCUUUAGUUUUCUAUGUUCUGUUUUGUGUACUGUUGUUUGUCUGUUGGUCUUUUUGUUUUUUAGCCAUGGCGUUGUCAGCUUAUUUUAGACUUAUGAGAUGAACGUCACUUUGGUAUCGUUCGCUUUCUUUUUACAGAAACAAUCACUUGAUUAACACCGAUCAUAAUAGAGUAACAUUACAUUUUUUAACCAAGUAGAUUAGUUCAAUCAAUAUUUUAGUAUUUCCUCACAUUUCACAUCAUUAUUCUAGCAUUACACUUGUGAUUGAUAAGUGAAAUGUUGCGUUAAUGAUACCUAUGAAUAUCAAUUAGCUUGAUAAUAAUUGUUAUUAUAAAUGAAAUCUACUAGUAAUAAAAAACGAAAUAAAAAUCAGUCCACUUUAUAGUAUUUAAA